CCCAUUUUCUCUUCCUCUUCCUCUCCAAAACCCACGGCCAUAAAAACCCACAAAACCUACCCACAGCCCCCAUUGCUUGGAGGAAGCCAUUGCCGGAAAAAGCUUAUGGAAGCCAUGCCGAAGAAGCCCCAUGGAAGCUGUGGUCCGUAAAGCUAAAGCCACCUCCAAAAAACUCCCGUAAAAAUCGUUUCUUUCUAGGUUUUGGGUUUUGGUGCUUUUGGAAAAACCACACUUAAUUAUUUCCUAAGGAAAUGUCACAUCGAAGAGGAAGAGUACAAAUAGUGUCUCCAGAAGAUGAGUUGGACAAUCUACAACAACUCUUAGACAUACAACCUGCUGCAACUACUACUCCUAGUAGUUCUGAUCCUUCUGAUUCUUCAGAUCCUUCUGUUGUUGGUUCAUCCUCUAGCAAAAAGAGGACACGUGGCCUAACACGUAACUUAGAUUUACUUAGUAUGAAACCGGGGGAAAAAAAAACUACACGAUUCAAUACCAGAGGGCAAGUUGUUUAUGAUGGAAAAGGGGAAAGAUUGUCAAGCUAUAUGGGAACAUUGGUGCGAUCUCAACACAAUGUACCCAUCCAAGUUCAAGAUUGGAAUCAUGUUAGUGAAGAUGUGAAGGAAAAGAUUUGGGCCUUAGUAUUGGAAAAAUAUGAACUAGAAGAAACAUAUGAGGAGAGAUUGUGCCAUCGACCUCCACACUUAUCGGAUGAUGAUUGGAGGUGGCUCAUCCACUUUUGGGGUACACCUGAGGCCAAGAAAAAAAACAAGGCAAAUAGGGCAAAACAAGUGAUAAAGCAUACAUCGGGAUCAAAAAGUUAUGCUCAAAUUCGAUAUGAACAGGCACAAAAGAAGGAGGAUCGAAGUGAGCCCAAUAGAAUUGAGAUGUUUGCCCUGACACACACAAGAAAAGAUGGGACACCUGUUGAUGAUCAUUCUAAGGAGAUUAUGGAUCAAUUUCAACAAUUACUAUCUCAACUUGAGGGGACAUCUUCUUCUACUUCUGCAUCAUCUGGAGCAUCUACAUCUGUAUCAUCUACAUAUGUAGAUGAGAUAUAUACUCAAGUCAUGGGUCCAGAGAGGCAUGGUCGUGUUCGAGGGUAUGGAUUUGGUCCUACUCCUACCUCAAUCUUUGGUUCUACUAGUAGAAGACGAUCAGGAGUUAUUCUUUCAACACAACUUGAAAAUGCCCAAGAGAUGCUAAUAGCUGCAGAACAAAAGUUUACAACUGCAACUGAAGAACUCUCAAAUGUGAAAGAUGAACUCUCACAUGUGAAAGAAACAUUUGAAGAGAGGUUGAUAGAAGUUCAAAAGAAGACACGUGAAGAAGUGAAAGAAGAGUUUGAAGAAAAAAUGAUGGAAAUGCAAAGAAAAAUGCAAGCACAAAUGCAAGCACAAAUUCAAGAACAGAUGAUGCAAAUGAUACAACAAUUUCAGCAAAAGCAGUAGACAUUUGAAGAUUUUGCUACAUCUUUAUAUGAUAGAUUCUCUUAACUUUUUUGAAGAUUAUGCUACUUAUUUAUAUGAUAGAUUCUCCUAACUUUU